CAUAAUUAUACUUUGUGGCUGUGGUAACUAGUGACGAUCACACACGCACACCUCAGUGGCAAAACGAGGGGACGCGCUAUAGACGGACAGACAGCUAGAAAUGCAGACAAAAUGCAGCGUCUCCGCUCUGUGAGCUGCAUACACCAGAUCCACUGUCCUAAAUCCUCCCAAUAACGCUGUUGUCGUUGCAAAAAAAAAAGAAAGGAAUUUAGGUUUAACAAUCGUCCUUCGCGGCAGACAGCGUUUGGUGACUGGACUAGUGGUGCGUCUUCCGUUCUGUCGCUGCGGCAGAGCGUUCUUCUUCUCUUCAGUCGAGCCAGGGCUGUUGUACAGAAGCCAUCGCUGUAUGAUUCGCCUUGUUCUGCGCUGUUUUUUUCCAGCUUUCUAUCUAUUCGUUCGUGCGGUAAAGAGCUGGUGGUGAAGUCAACGACAACGCUAGUGUGGAUCUAGUGGGCGCAUUACAUCCAUCUCUAUCGCGUCUACGGUCUGCUACACUGCCGUCGCUUUCAGGAUGGCGCUAACGAUUUGCACGAGAUUCACCGAUGAAUUCCAGCUUUUCGAGGAGCUGGGGAAGGGAGCGUUCUCUGUGGUGAAGAGAUGUCUCAGGAUCUCGUCUGGUCAGGAAUUUGCUGCCAAAAUCAUAAACACCAAGAAAUUGUCUGCCAGAGACCACCAGAAGCUUGAGAGAGAGGCCAGGAUUUGCCGUCUGCUGAAACAUCCCAAUAUUGUGAGGCUUCAUGACAGCAUAUCAGAGGAGGGCUUCCACUACCUGCUGUUUGAUCUGGUGACUGGAGGAGAGCUGUUUGAGGACAUCGUAGCCAGGGAGUACUACAGUGAGGCUGACGCCAGUCAUUGCAUACAGCAGAUUGUAGAGAGUGUUCAUCACUGCCAUGUCAAUGGUAUCGUUCACAGGGACCUGAAGCCUGAGAACCUCCUAUUGGCCAGUAAGCUGAAGGGGGCGGCGGUUAAGCUAGCUGACUUUGGGCUCGCCAUCGAGGUGCAGGGCGACCAACAGGCAUGGUUUGGUUUUGCUGGUACACCAGGCUACCUGUCUCCAGAGGUUCUGAGAAAAGACCCAUAUGGGAAGCCUGUGGACAUGUGGGCCUGUGGGGUGAUCCUGUACAUCCUAUUGGUCGGUUACCCUCCCUUCUGGGACGAGGACCAACACAGACUGUACCAGCAGAUCAAGGCUGGGGCCUACGAUUUCCCGUCCCCAGAGUGGGACACAGUGACUCCUGAUGCCAAAGACCUGAUCAAUAAGAUGUUGACCAUCAACCCGGCCAAACGCAUCACCACCGCAGAGGCCCUCAAACACCCCUGGAUCUGUCAACGGUCCACUGUAGCUUCCAUGAUGCACAGACAGGAGACUGUGGAGUGUCUGAAGAAGUUCAACGCCAGGAGAAAACUCAAGGGAGCCAUUUUGACCACUCUGCUGGUAACAAAAAACUUCUCAGCAGUCAAAAGUCUGCUGAACAAGAAGGCUGACGCCGUCAAGGCGAACAACAAAGCCAACACAGUGACCAGUCCUAAAGCCAACACAGUGACCAGUCCUAAAGACACCAGCUUAACCCCAGCACUGGAACCCCAGACCACAGUGAUCCACAACCCAAUAGAUGGGAAGAAGGAGUCUAUAGAGAGCACCAACACCACCAUCGAGGACGAAGAUGUCAAAGUCCUCUGUUUUGGGAACUUGGUAGGUAGUGUGUGGAGCUCUAAGGGACGUUCCACUCAGUCCUCUGAGCCCAGGCAGACUCCCUCCUCUUCAGGACAGACUCGGAAGCAGGAGAUCAUCAAAGUCACAGAGCAGCUGAUCGAAUCCAUCAACAACGGAGACUUCGAGGCCUACGCGAAGAUCUGUGAUCCUGGUCUGACGUCGUUUGAACCAGAAGCUCUGGGGAACCUGGUAGAGGGACAUGACUUCCAUCGCUUCUACUUUGACAACGCCCUGUCUAAAGGUAGCAAGCCGGUGCACACCAUCCUCCUCAACCCUCACGUCCAUCUGAUAGCGGAGAACGCUGCGUGCAUCGCCUACAUCCGCCUGAGCCAGUACAUGGACGCGGGGGGGAUGCCUCGCACCAUGCAGUCUGAGGAGACCCGCGUCUGGCAUCGCAGAGAGGGAAAGUGGCAGAACAUACACUUCCACCGCUCGGGCUCGCCCAGCGUACCAUCCCAUUAAUGGAAUAUCAAGCUUCAGUCUAAACUCCCAAGACAGGCAACAAUCAACAAGCCAACCCGUGUUCUCCAUUUAACCUCUAACCCCCUGACCCCUCUGUAUGGACAUGACAUCACACAGGAAAAGGAAAUCAACCCUAAAAGGUCGUCGCCUAGAGUGUGUCCCUAAAUGGCACCCUUUUCCCUACAUAGGGCCCACGGGCUCUGGUCUAAAGUAGUGCCCUACAUAAGGAAUAGAGCUCUGGUCUAAAGUAGUGCACUAUAUAGGGAAUAGGGUUUUGUUUGGGACUCA